AUGAAAUGGUCGAAGGCAUAUUCUAUCGGUGAAUCAAAACGACAAGCUGAAUCAUAUCGCGAGCUAGGGAAGUACCAUGAUGCAAUUCGUUACCACGAGGAGAUUCUAACGCUUGAAUUAGGAAACAAAAAAAACGAAGCAGUCAAUUUAUUUCACUUGGGAAUUAUAUACCAAACGCUAAAUGACUUUGAUAAGGCCAUUGAGUUGUACCAGCAAAGUCUUAUCAUCAGCAAAGAGAUCAAUCAUAAAGGAAUUCAAGCAAAAUGUCAUUGCAAUCUGGGAAAUGUUAUGAGUGAUCUAAAUAAUUAUCAAGAAGCAAUGUUCCAUUACGGAAAAUGCUUGAAUAUUGCUGAACAAAUAAAUGAUAAACAGACUCAAACAACAACCAGUCUUAACAUUGGCAAUUGCUUAAAGAAAUUAAACAGAUACAACGAGGCAAAUAAAUACUACAACCAAAGUCUUGUACUUGCUAUGGAAAUGAAAAACAAGAAUAACGAAGCAAAUGUCUAUAUCAAUAUGGCUGAUAGCUAUGUCAAAAUGGGUGAUUUUCAACACGCAAUUGACUUGUCAGAGAAAUGUCUGGAAAUUGCUUACACUAUCAGCAAUAAAGACCUCCAGGGUCAAACAUGUUAUUUUCUUGGCAAAAUAUACUAUUUAUUACACAAAGAGAACCAAGGACAUCAAGCAUGUCAAAAUACUGAUGAUAAUAUAGCUAAAUCAGAAGAAUACUUGACGAAAGCACUUGAUUGUUUUGACUUUUUGUUUCAACAUCUCCAACAACGGGAUCACUUUAAAGUCACUAUUUUUGAUAAUUUCAUUGCAACCUACAAAUUUCUCAUGAAUCUGCUGAUUAAGACAAAGAGACCACAAGAGGCUCUGUUAGUAUCUGAUGGUGGGCGAGCACGUGCUUUAGGAGAUCGCUUGGUCUUCAAAUACGGUAUGAUUCAGCAAGAAUGCUCAUCACCCAAACCACUAACGUAUUCUGAUGUUAAAGCCGUUUUGUUGAAUGAUACCUUUACGAUGCUACAUUACAGCCUUUUUACCAACAGUUUGGCUGUGUGGAUUUUAGCCAAAGAUUCAAUAGUGUUGAAGGAAUCGGAAAAGAAAGAAUUUGAUUCUGCCAUGGAAACAUUGCCUACAGAAGAGAAAGGAAAAGAUGAAAACUCCAUGACUCAUUUUUUUACUGAUACUAUUACAAGAGCAUUUGAAAUGAUGAGAAUCGAAGAAAGCGUUACUUGUGAAAACAGGUCACUUGAUGAUUGCGUUACAUCGAAGGAUGACGCCACUUCAAAAGCUUCUGAAUCUCAGUCACGUGAUGAUGGCACAAGUGAAGAGAAACUCGAUCAAGCGUCACACCCAUAUGAAAAAUUAUACAAUUGUUUAGUUGCUCCUGUCCUAUCAGACGUACGACACGACGAGAUUGAUAUAUAUCUAUCAGAUACCAAACGCAUUCGUCUUGCUCCAUCAAUAUCAAUAUUAAAAGCUCUAAAAGAAUGUCCAGUGGAUCAUCACAGCCAAAAAGGAGCAUUGAUUGUAGGAGAUCCGAUUGUGGGAGAAGUCAUGUUUAGAGGCAAAAAACGCGUGUUUGAACGUUUACCUUCAGCAGACAGGGAAGUCAGUUUUCUUUCUGCUAUGCUUAGACAGUCGACCAAACUGACCGCCGAACGAGCUACUAAAGAUGCGGUUUUAGAAAAGCUGAAAGAAGGCUCAGCUGUAAUUCACAUUGCUGCACACGGGAGCUCUGAUAAUGGUGAAAUAAUGCUGGCACCAACUGUCUCACCAGAAAGACAAGGUAUCCCAGAAGAAGAUGACUACCUGUUGACGAUGAAAGAAGUCCAACAAAUAGGAAUCAAAGCUCAACUUGUUGUCCUAAGCUGUUGCUACAGUGGCCGUGGUGAGAUUAGGGCUGAGGGCAUGGUUGGACUUAGUCGCGCUUUUCUUGCGGCCGGAGCUCGUUCUGUCGUAGCGUCAUUGUGGGCAAUUGAUGACAAUGUGACUUUUAGUUUCAUGGUGAGUUUUUACAGUUAUCUGACUCGAGGUUAAAGUGCGAGUGUAAGUCUUCAUAAAGCCAUGCAUGAUAUUAGAAAAGAAGGCCACAGGGAUCCCAAGUACUGGGCUCCUUUCUUUUUGAUUGGUGAUGACG